ACUCUUUCUGCUGUUGAGAAAUACUAAAAACUUCUACUCGUGUUUGUGUUCAGGCUUCUGCCUAUAAAACCUAAGACAAAGACAAGAAACUAUCUGGAUCCAAAACCUUAAGAUCCAAAUAUGAGACACUUCAUUGUUUUAGUCGCUGUGUUGUGGGUCUGUGAAGGCGUUAAGUUUGGUCAGCUUUGUACUGGAAACCCAGAAAACAGAAGAAGGACAUCCGACCUCUAUGGCCAAGGACAUUAUGGAGCAAGUCGGGGCGGUAGACUCCACAAAGGUCUGGAUGUUGUGUGCAGUGAUGGAUCGACUGUCUAUGCUCCAUUUAAUGUGACCCUACAUGGAAAACUCACAGUAUACACAGAUCCUAGCAAGGUUGCCAUCAAUGAGGGCCUCAACCUAAGAGGAGAGGGUCUCUGCUUCAAGCUGUUCUACAUCAGGCCAGACAAGACCUCAGGAUCAGUGAGGAAGGGUACAAGGAUUGGAACCAUGUUGCCCAUUCAGAGCGUUUACCCUGGAAUCACCUCGCACAUCCACAUCCAGAUGUGUGACCGAAGCGACCCUACACCGUACUUCUGAGUUUCUCCCCAAGGACCUAAUCGAGUCAACAACAACAUAAGGCUAUCGAAGACCUAGUCAAAUUAUCAAAGAUGUCAUAUCUAUCAAACAGCUGAUCCCACCUGAAGUGAGAACCAGUAUGAUGAAACACGUUUUCUAAAGAGCAUUGUCUGUAUUUUCCUUCAGAACUAACUUUCUGCUGCUUAAUCAUGAUUUGAUUUCAUCCAUUAAAUGGAUACAUUACAAACAAUUAGUUUGAAUGGGUUCAGUUUUUGUUAGUUAUCAUGAACGUGGAAGAUUAGCACAUUUUAGAUGCAAUGCAGGGGUUUCAAGACAAACUGUGUAAAAUGGGAAGAAAUGCAAAUUUAAACUCACUCCCAGGAGUUUUCAGGAACUAUGGUUUAUGUAAGAAAGGUAUCUUUCAGGUUUUCAUUUAAUAAAUCUCUAGAAUUAUACAUUACUAUUUCUCAAAAAAUGAUCAAUGAUCAAACAAUGUUAAGCUUAUAAAUGAAUAAAAACACAAUCUAGAAAUGCCCAUGAACCACAA